AUGACAACGAGAGUGAGUCUCCAGUUCAAGAUGAAUGCAAUGAUAAACGAGGUCACAAUUAGACCCACAUUUUGUAAUAGUAUGGUCGAUCGAUCAACAACCACCGUGCGCAACAAAGUUGCAUCACUUUCUAGUUGUGAUGCAAGCAUAGCACUCGUAUUGUUGACAUCAUCAAACCAUCCUAUCUCGUUUCUCAACAUGGCUGCAACAAAACUAAUAUGCAUUAAAUUCCAGAAGAGUUUCGAACUGCUUGAUAAAUUUAUGGUCUUUAACCUCACCAGUAAACAUCUUUUCUCGAACACGAAGAGUAAGCCGUUCUCCCAUGAUCCCAAAACACGUGUGUGUAAUAGCAUGGACAAUGACAGUAAUAACAGCGCCACCACAGAAGAGGAAUGCAAUUUUCCUAACUUCCCGACGUGUUGUGUCCCAGUCCAUGUAUCAGGUCGCACCAUAGAGUACAGUCUUUUUGAGGAGAUGUGCACUGGUCUCAUAAUCUCGGCUCCAUCACCACCGAAUCUACUUACAGAUUUCUCAGAACGAAAACUUGCACCAAAACUUCUUGUUGUGCGGGAUAAUUCACGUGAAUACCUAAUGCUACCUUCACGAGAGUACUUAAUGCUGCACCAAUUUAUUUACACAUAUCAAACUAGGGAAAAGUUCAUUCAAUACUAUGAUGAAUGGAAAAGAUUACAUUUCAAAUAA